CGAGCCAGUCAGCGGCAGGUAAACAAACCUGUCGGACUGGGACUGCGAGCCACACAAAGCGAAUUACCCGUAUGACGGUGUUAUUAAGUCAUAUACGUCUGCUGUGCCACCGCUUCAGUGGAAUCAAAGCCGAUGUGUUGCCUCAAAGAAGCACUAAAUGGGAAAGACGAUAACAACGCGUUGUGUGCAGACAGCUGUCAACACUGACGCAGGAUGCACUGCAGCACUUCUCGGAAAAUGGAUGUUUACACCCUUAUUCUCACAGUAGAACAUCUGAUAAUUAUUUUCGGCUAUAGCGCUACAUAAUUUUGCAGUCUCAAAUGACCACCAUCAAACUGCAACAUGGGACCCAUCAUACAGGAGCGUGCAGCAUCCACGACACUGAAACGCGUCGUUUCCAAAGAGAAGAUCCGGGUGAAAAACACUGAAAAUAGCGGACCAAACACCAGUUCAAAGAAGGGUAAGCAGAUGAAGAAAGCAGCCGGCCAAACGAAGAGUGGCCUGCCAGGACCAGGUCAGGAUAAAAACAACGUGGGAGCAGUGCAGAGGGGUUCACAGUCAAGGAGUUCCAAGUUGAAAACUUGCACCUCUCGGAAUAUAAGCAAAUUCUCCAGCCCGGCAGAAGAGCGAGAUGUCAGACAUGUGAACGUGCAUAGAUGCGAGGAGAGGAGGGUGUCCCACUGCAGCACCCAGCUUCAGCAGAAUCAUCACAGGGGGGUGGGUAAAAAUCGACAAGCUCUGUCUCUGCCCUUGUCCCCUAUAUCAGGACUACGACACAUGCCACAGCACCCGCUAACUCAUUGCCCCGCCCCCGUCCUCGAGGCCCUUCAGGAGCCCUACAAGGCUGAUGACAGUGAUAGUGCCAGCGACCUGUCGGACUCAGAGAGGCUGCCCGUGCUGCCAUCGCCUUGUACUCCCUGCACACCGCCUCAUUUAAAUCUCAGAGCUGAGGUCAUUAACUCCAACGACUUUCCACCGGACAUCCCAGGACCGCAUGAGAAUGGUAGUGAUGAAGACAAGAACAAGUGUGAGAUGACCACCCACUCUUACCCAGACUUUUUGCCUCCACCCUUCAACACCUGGAGCCUGAGACAGCUUGCAUUGUUUCUUCAUACGGAGGGUCGUGGUGCUCCCAGGCCCAAGCCAGUAGGACCUUUGGAGAGGUUCCUGGAGAGACUACUGCAGCUUGAGUGGCUCCAGAUUCAAACAGUGCAAGCAGAAAGCAGCCGUCCACCUGGGAGACACAUGGUCACUACAGGGCCCUCACCCAGACCUCACACAGCUCCAUCAUCACGACUUAAUUCCCCAAAAGGGGCGCGACACAGCCAGCGAGCCUUCCCAUGUGUCAUCAAUCCGCCAUCUCCUGCUUCUUCUACCGCCCAACACCAGCUCUCCCGCCUACCAGUUUGCCCACACUGUCACAUUCGCUAUCCACUGUGCAAUGGGAGUUGUUCAGCCUACGCCUACCAGAGCCACUCUCGUCUCAGCCCACUGCUCGAGCGAAGAACCCGACGGGGGGCGCCCAUGAAGAGGAGUUGCAGCGAGACGCAAGAAGCUGCCAAAGAAGGUAGGAGCCAAGGAACACAAGGUGGAGGUGGAGCCCAGAUCCCAGUGAGUCCCUCAGCAGGAAGGAACCAUCUCAGGCACAUGGAGGCAACAGGCAAUGCCCGAAAGCAACCACAGGAAUCUGGAACGAACCCACAUGGUAGAGGUCAGAUGAGGAAGAGCCGAGUCAGAGCUAACUCCGAGACCGAUGUUAAGAAGGAUCCCAGUGCGGUCAAAGCAGUCGGAGCAGAGAAAAGUGUUCUAGGGUCAAGUAAGAAAGAGGCCCUCACCUCGAAGAAAUUAGAGAAGGACUGGCAGAGGACGGCGGCAGGAGGUCAGACAUCAAAGACCGCCGUGAAAAGAGCUGCUAAAGAAACACAGUCCCUCCCCAAGGCUCCACUUGGUGGUGGCAAAACAAAAAAUGCCCACUCUGCUGCAAAGUAACGAUUCUAGUUCUACAAUGCUUUAUUCUGCGAUCACUUGGCACUCUAGCUCGAACCUUUGCUUGCUUUCUGUGUAAUACUAACGUGUUAUAAUGUUAUGCCACAGUCCAAAUCACUUUCAAGAGUUUGAGCAGCUAUGUAACAAUAUAACCAUCGGGACUUUAAAGCACAUUACAUGAAACAGUAAUUUAAGAUCACAAUGUUGCAAUGCGUAACACAGUGUCCUCCAGAACUUGAAUACAGUACUCAGCUUCACGCAAAUGGAACCAAACUGCACAGCAUAGUUAUUUAUUAUGCUACUAAUGUUGAAAAAUAAAAUAAAAUUGUCAUCUAGUGGCCAGCUUUCAGCAUAAGUAAUCCAUGGUUAAGGUUACCAGCAACUGAUAUAUUUCCACCACUAAAUAUGAUAAGACAUCCAUCACUAGUAGAGGUCUUAAUGUAGAAAAUGUCUUUGUUUUCAAUGCUUUAUUGUUCUCUAUUUUUUAUUUAUUUUAUGUUGCCUCACUUUGCUCUUUGGUGCCUCAUUUUUAAGAUGUGUACUUUGAGUUACUGCAUCUUUGUCUGAGAAGCAGGUUUAUGAAUAAAUGACAGCAUGCUGCAGGAAAGUGCUUGUUUCAGAUGUGCAAUAGUUUUACAUUUUUGUUAAAAAGGGCUUUUAGUGUAUUAACAGCGUGGAUUGUUGUCUAUGAAAAAUGAAAAGUAUUUUGCAUAGACCUGAGCUCUGGCAUAAUUACAGACUGUGUAAUGUUUGCUAUCAAUAUAAAUGCAUAUUUUUCCAAAUUUUAUACACCAUAGUUAUAUAUUUAUGUACGUGUUGUGGUGGAUCAUUGUCAUUGUUAUGUUUACAUUGUCAUACAUCAUAAAAAUAUUUAGUAAAAGACAAAACAAAACAGAAUGUCUACUGUGCUGUAUCAUUGUGAUUAAAAAACGGGAACAUUGGUAAUACACACCACUCGAUAGGUAAUACACACAACUAAACACCACUCGUACAUUGCGAUGUACGGUUGGAGUCUUCAGAACAUGUUUUACAAUAGUUCUUCAGGACAUGUUUUACAAUAGUGCAUCCAUGUGUUUUACCACAUUUGCUUGAGUCAAAUUGUAAAGAGAUAUGCAUUGAGAUAUGUGUGAACUAUCAAAGCCCUGUGAUGCAUGGCAGAAACAUUGUGGUUAUAUUUCUUUAAUGGUGAAAGUAAAUAGUUGUUUGACAUUGAAAUAAACUGCACAGAAGUG